AUGCACAAUAAGAGGACUAAGGUACUGGUUGCUGACAGCGUUGAAAAGUGGCAGCAAAGAUUACAUCAAGUCAGAGCAUACGAAGUUGAUUUGAUCAUCGUUACCAAUGGCCGUGUUCAUCUAGAUGAUUGUCCUACUGCAAUCGAAAAUGGACUCUCAAGAUGUUGCUCAAGGAAAAGAGAAGAAGAGUACACUUUCUGGAGAAGUUUUCCUUUCGAAAACGGAACUCAGCGACUGAAACCUGUUGCUUUGUGGUCACAAAGUUUAAAUUUAUUCCGUAUGUCCAGCAUCGAUUUAGAGAUGAUAACACUAAGGAUUGCAGUUCUGCCAUACGAUCCUUACAUGAUAGUCAAAUCCAAAGGAGGAGAAGUAACUUUGGAAAAUUGUGUUUUUAAAGAAAUCAUUUCUUUUAUCAGUGAAAGACUUAAUUUCAGAUAUAAAUUGGUUACACCUCCCGAUGAAGAAUGGGGAAGUAAAUUGAAUAAUAAUCAGUGGAGUGGAGCAAUAGGAAUGAUUAUUCGUGGUGAAGCAGACAUGAUUCCGUACCUGACAAUGACACCGUCCCGUCAAGAAGCAGUGGAUUUCAGCAAACCUUUGGCCUACGUGACAUAUAAAAUUCUUAUUCCAUUCCCAAGAGAGCCGCCGAGGGCAUUUAUUUUCUUGAGGCCAUACACGAAAGAAGUUUGGUUUAGCUUAAUGUUCGCAGCCCUCUUAGUAAGUUAUGCGCUUUGGAAAAUUCACACAUGGAGCUCGCAUUUCGAUGCAUCUUCAAAAAGAGCGAAAAGUCUUAUGUCAUUUUCGAACUGUUUCUGGAUUAUAUAUGGAGCUACUUUACAACAAGGUGGAACAUCUUUGCCCGUAACCAAUUCAGCUCGAUUGGUUCUUUCGUCAUGGUGGUUAGGCGUAAUGGUUAUUAUGGCCACCUACAGCGCCAACCUGAUUGCAUUCCUCGCAUUUCCAGAAAUGAAGUGGGUGCUGAAGAAAUUGGAAGAUCUCGCCAAUCACAAGACACUUCACCUCUCCAUCAAAUCGAGCUGCCCAGUUUUGGAAGACUUUAAAGAAUCCAACAUUACUCUGUACAAGAAAAUUCGCGAAGUCUACUUGAGUAACCUUCGUCGAAGCCACCAAAUACAGGACAAACAUCAUCCGAUACCAGACAUGGUGGCAGAAGGCAAAACCGUCUUCAUCGAUGACGUCAACUUCUUAAACCGUUUAAUAAAUGAGGAUUUUCUCGAAAAAGGAAAAUGCAGAAUUACACUAGCCAAUGAAGAGUUCUCGAGGAUGGAUCUUGCUCUUGGAAUGAGGAGGGGGUCCUCCAUGAUUGCUCUCGUCAACGAGGAGAUUCAACAAAUGAGAGAGCAUGGAGUUCUGAGAUUUUGGAAAAAUAAAUACAGUCCUAGCAAGGGAGAAUGUUUCGAAGUACAAACCACCAUCAAGGGGCGAGCAAAAGUGAGCCUCCAGGAUCUUCAAGGACCAUUCUAUCUUCUGGCCUUGGGUUCAACCAUAGGACUGACUCUAUUAUCAGUGGAGUUUUGCUUAAGGGUUCUGAAAGCUCGACACUCCCGGUGCUUGAAAAGAAAACCAUAUCGAAAAAAAAUGGCACUUUCUUUGUGGUAACUAAAGCUUGGCCACGGUGAGAUGGCGGAUGACAUUUUAAGCGGAAACAUCAUUUGUAAUAGGUGGUUUGUUAUUAUAUUCAGGGACUGAUUUACGGCAGGGCAUUCGGGGCCCGGGUCCGGGGCACCAAAGGAAAGGGGGCACCAAA